UGUUCUGGGGCCCAGCACCAUGCUGCCCCCCCUGUGCAGCCCCAUGCCAGGGUUGUGUACCCCAGAGCCCCCCAGCACCACCACCCCAGGGCCCUCCAGCAUCCUCAGCUUGGUGCCUUUCACCCCAAACUCCCCAGGCAGCACCGCUCUAGCAGCCUGCACCCUUGGGCCCAGUGGCAGUGCCAGCCUGGCCUCCUGCACCCCAGGGCCCCCUGGCACCAGCUCCACCCCGCAGGAAGCUCCCUUCCAUGGGUGGCGAGUGGCACCCGCCGACCUCUCCUGCAGCCCUGUGGCCUCUGAGCCCCCGGCUAGAGAUGGGAGUACUGGUUCCCUACCUUGCCAAGGCACCCCUGAGGGAGAUGAGUCCCCAGCCCCUGCUCCCCCAGAGCAGGGACCCUCCGGACUCUCACCCAUCGAGGCAAGUAGUUCAGAGACUGCUGGGCUGGAGGCAGCGACCACCCCUAUCACCUCGCCCGAGGUAGCCUCGGGUGCCAUAUCCUGGGUGUUGCCGCUGGUGUGGCUGGAGAAGAACCUCAGUGCCUCAUCUCUGCUGGAGUCCCUGCGGCACAGCCUGCCCCUGCCCGUGCCCACGGCGGUCGCUGGCACCAGCGUCACCCCUGUGCCCACGGCGGUCGCUGGCACCAGCAUCACCCCCGUGUCCACUGCGGUUGCUGGCACCUUCAUGACCCCCCAGGACCUGCAGGAGAGGAGCAUGAACACAUCUGCAGGCAUCCCCCGCUGUGCCAAGGACAGCGCUGCCGAAACGGACUCCCUGCUCUGGCACUGUUCCCGGGAGCAGCUGAAGUCUCUGCCGCGGGCGGAGCUGGAAGGGCGGCUGGAGAGCACCCUCAUCAUCAUCGAAGCCCUCUCCCUCCAGCUGCGCGACUGGCAGGAGAACCAGUGCCUGUUGCCCCGCGUGGGGCCGGCUGAACAGAGGGACGCGCUCACGCAGACGGACGUCACCCACCCCAAAGGGGAGGAGGAGAUCUACCACAACCUCUACGUUGAGCUGCGGAGGAAGAUGGAGGUUCUGCAGCGGCAGCGGGGAGCAGAGCAGAACCUUCAGCGGGAGCUGGGGCUGGCUGCAGCAGGGAUGAGCGCCUGGAGCAGGCAGUGCCUCCUGUUUCGGAGCCUCGUGGAUGCUGCCUUUCAGAGACUGCAGGAUGAGCAGGGAGUCCUUGCCCAGGAGAGGGAACAGGCGAGAGUUCUGGUGUCACGGUGCCAGGCUGUGCUAGAGAAAGUGCCCAGCAAGCUGCAGAGCUGCUUGGAGGAGCGAGAUGCCAUGAGGCAGCGAGCGGAUGAAGCCCUCCGAGCCAAGGAGGAGGGAGAUUGCUUCCUGGAGGCCUUCCGCACCCACGCCAGCGCCCAGAUCAGUGCCCGCGACCAGAGCCUGGCCUCCCAGCAGGAGCUGCAUGUGCUGCUGGUGGACGCCAUCGACCAGCAGGCAUCCCUGGCUGCUGAGGCUCAGCAUUUCCGGGAAUUCAUAGACAGCACUUUUGAAAAGCUGGAGAAGGAAAGGAGAGCCCUGGAUGAGGACCGGGAGCAGGUCAGGGCUCUGGUGUCCCGGUGCCAGGCUGUGCUGGAGAAAGUGCCUGGCAAGCUGCGGAGCUGUCUGGAGGAGCGGGAUGCCAUGAGGCAGCGAGUGGAUGAAGCUCUUCAAGCCAAGGAGGAGGCAUCCUGCAAGCUGGAGGAGACCUCGGUGGCUCUGCAGGACACGUUGGCUCGGCUGGAGCAGCUGAACGUGGCCAACUCACGCCUCAGCACAGACCUAAGCUCCCUGAUGACAAAUCUGGCCAACGUGGAGCAGGAGCGGAAUGGGCUGUGCCAGGAGCUGCGGGAGGUGACUGAAUGCCGUGAGUUCCUCAAUCAGGAGAACCACAUGUCCCGCAUGCAGCUGCUGGAGGUGGAGGCCAGGCUGAAGCUCACGCUGGACACCCUGCAGGAGCUCAGCCUGCAGUACCAGGAGCUUAUGGAUUCCCAGCAGCGCCUACGGGAAGAGGAGGCUACACUUGGCAAGGAGCUGGAGACCACCAAGGCCGAGCUCCUCGACUUGCAGCUCAAGAGGGACAAAGUCUCCUGGAGCUCUGCAGACAUUGCUGAGAUCAAGAUGCGGCUGCAGGAGCUCGCCGACUGCCUCAGGGCCGCGCUGCAAGAGGAGGAUGACAAUGCUCCAUCGAGAUGCAGAGCCUGGACCCCGGCUCCGCGGACCCUGGGCUGGCAGACACCCCGCCCUGCCUGGACCCCUGCCUGCCGCACGCCGGCGUGCCGCACCCCCUACCGCGCUGGGGACUCCUUCGUGGGCAGUGUCCUGAAAGCAGUGUGGGGGAAAGAUGCUGAUGAAGCCACUGGAGGUGGGAGUGCAUUUACCAAGGAUAAACUUCCCUCUACACCAAAGCAAAUAGAGCCUGAGGAUGGUCUGCUGGAGAGUGUGAAGGAGCUGAGAGCCACAGUUUCCAACCUCACCAUGCUGAGCUCCCGCAUUGAGGAUCUGGAGCAGAGCAAGUUCAAGGCACUGCAGAUGGAGAUCUCUGACCUGCAGCUCCGUCUGGAGACGGUGACAGCCGAGAGCCAGGAGAAGAUGGAUGCCCAGGCUGCCACCAUCGCCAAGCUGAACAAGGCGCUGAGGGGCAAGCUAGAGAACGAGAAGGAGCUGCAGGACGUGGUGAAACAGCAGGAAGAGAGGAUGCUGCAACUCAUUGACAAGAGUGGGGAAGUCACGAGGCUGAACGGAGAGAUCUCCCAGCUCAAGCGCUCGCUCCAGCGUGCUGAAACGGAGGCCAAGGUGCUGUGGGAGGAGAUGCGGGGGCAGGAGCCCAAGGUGGACACUGCCUACAUCCAGGAGCGAGUCCUGCUGCGCCAGGAGGUGGACAAACUGCGGCUGAUGCUCCUGGAGAAAGAAGAUGAGAAUCUGUUGCUCUUGGACAAGUACCAGGAGCAGGUCCGAGGGCUGGAGAUGAGGCUCCAUCACACCCAGAAAGUGCUGAAGACCCACGAGGAGAUGCAGGAGAAGAUGAAAGAGGUCCUGUUGGCCGUCCCUGACCUGGCAGCAGGCUGCCAGGAGUUCCACAGCCUGCUGCGGUACUUGGGCCAGAAGCCAGCCUCUGGCAGCAAGGAAGCUCUAGCCUGUAGCGUGAAACCUUCCUCCUCUUAAUGUUGUAAUGAUUUAUUGAAUAAAGUUUUGUUGUCUUUUACCCUUC